AAGAAUGGUAGGUUCUUGCGAGGGUCUCUAAGGAAGUGGAGAAAGAUGGGCACUAAAGAAUUUCCUUCAGAAAGCUAUUACCACCACCACUGUUGUCCAUGGGCUCUUCGACCUUCCAUGCAAGAAGAAGACGAAACCAUCCCCAAGGAUGUACCAAAAGGUCACUUAGUAGUCUAUGUGGGAGAAAAUUAUAAGAGGUUUGUGAUCAAAAUCACCUUGUUAAAGCAUCCACUCUUCAAGGCAUUACUAGAUCAAGCCAGUGAUGAGUAUGGCUUCACUUCAGACUCUAAGCUUUGCAUUCCCUGUGAAGAGAAAAUUUUUCUUGAUGUUCUUCGCUGCUGCACCAACACUCGAACGCAUGAUCGAGGGAUCUGGUUGUUUCUUUGAGAAUCUUUG